AUGUCGUCCCAACAUCCCAUCCCCGGACCCGGACCGGCCCAAGAUGUCUUCCUACCCGUGGGUGGAGGGCUCCCCAGUCAAAUCCCACCUCGCGGCGACAACCCAGUUCAGCCCACAGGGGUUACCAACCUCAACCCCAACUCCCACCCCAACUCCCACCCCCCGAUCGCCACCAACAAGUUCUACGCGAACUUCCUUCUCGGAGACCAAAGCCAGCCGACUUGGACGCAUCCUUACUCUGUUUCCUGGAGCAAAGGAGGCGGCAAUGCAGCAUCCUUUGGACUGGCCAUCUCGCACAUUGACUCGGACCAGAAGGUGCUUGGACAGCCCCAUCCCGAGAUCCCCGGCAGCCCGGACCAGUAUUUCUUCAGCCCGGUCGGCAUUCAGUCCAUCAUCUUGUCCGCCACCGAGCUAGACCAGACCACGACCUUGACCACCGACUCGCUGAAGGCCUUCUCCGUGAACGUCAACCUCCAGUGUCGCAAUGGUCCUGGUUCUGGUUCGGGGUCGGCGGCGGCCGGGGCGGGCAAGAUCACCUUCACGCUUCUCCAAGGCAUGGGCUUCGUCACCGGCCGAUACACGCACCUCCAGCCGGCCAUCCAGAGCAGUGUGUUCUUCCGCACCUUCACUCCCAGCCCGUCUCCCAAGCCAGGCGUGUUCAAAUAUCAAGUGACGCUGGAAGACAACAAGUCCUGGAUCGUGUACGUGACUACCGACGACUGGGCCGGAGCAGACCCCGGACUGCAGCUCGUCUCCAACACCCUUGUUCGCGGCUCGCCCAACUUCAGUGGCAUUAUCCAAGUCGCGAAGAAUCCAUCCGCCGCUGCCGCCGCCGGAGAGCACAUGUACGAUGCAGGCUCUGGCGUCUACCCAACCGACGCCGGCAUCACGGGAUCGACGACCGGUGCCACCGGACAGUAUACCGUGCAAUGGACCAAGACGGGGACGGGCCUGAGCCCAAACCCCGGCGGUGCGCAGGCGCAGUCGCCGUUGGUCAUGUUUGCUCUGCCUCACCAUGUCUCGAGCUUCGACAGCGGGACGAGAAGCAAGGCGACGACGGUCCAGCUGGCGACCACCACCAAAGGCAACGCCACCGCGGUGCUGGCCGAUUCCUGGACCAUGGUCGAACCCGAUCUGCCCGUCGACAUGGGCUUCGCGCCCUGGACGCCCGGCACCCCGUUUGCGCUUUCCGAUGUGGCCAAGGCAGCCGUGAGCUCGAUCGCGGCGAGCGAGGUGUUGGAGGACUUCGAGGCCCAGAUCCAAGCCGGUCUGAGCGGAGGCGCGUACAUGGGCGGCAAGGCAAUCUGCAAGUGCGCCAGGACCGUCUACACGGUGUCCGCCCUCCUCGGCGACACCAACCUUGCCGCUCCGGGGCUGGCCAAGCUGAAGAGCUCGUUUGCACGCGUCGUCAACAACAGCCAGCCACACCCGCUGGCCUACGACACCGUGUGGAAGGGAGUGGUGUCUGUGGCUGGCUAUCCAGACCGCGCCGGGAAUGCUGAUCUCAACGCCGAUUUUGGCAACACCGUGUACAACGACCACCAUUUCCAUUACGGAUACUGGGUCCACGCUGCCGCCCUCAUCGGCCACCUCGACCCCAGCUGGUUGACGGCGGCAAACAAAGACUACGUCAACAUGCUCGUCCGGGACUACAGCAACCCCGUGGCCGACGACCCAUCCUUCCCCCUCUCGCGCUCCUUCGACUGGUACCACGGCCAUUCCUGGGCGCACGGGGUCACGGCCUUCGCCGACGGCAAGGACGAAGAGUCGACGUCCGAAGACAGCAAUGCCGCAUAUGCCAUCAAGAUGUGGGGCAACGUCGUGGGCGACAAGAGCAUGGAGGCCCGCGGCAAUCUCAUGUUGGCCGUCAUGGCCCGCGCCUUCCAGACCUACUUUCUCAUGGACAGCUCCAACAAUGUCCAACCGCCGAGCUUCAUCGGGAACAAAGUCACGGGGAUUCUCUUCGAGAACAAGUGCGACCACUCCAAAUGGUUCGCCGGGCCGGACUACUGCAUCCAAGGCAUCCAGAUGCUACCCCUGACCCCGUGCUCCGGCCUGAUCCGCACCAAGCGAUUCGUCCAGGAGGAAUGGGACAUCUACUUCGGCGACCACGGCGUCAUGCCUGCGACCACGGUGACGGACGGCUGGAAAAGCAUUCUUUACCAGAACCUCGCGCUCGUCGAUCCCAAGGCGUCGUGGGCCUUCUUCUCCCAGCCCACUUUCAACCCGGCUUGGCUUGAUGACGGCGUCAGUCGGACAUGGUCGCUUGUGUUCGCGGCAGGUCUGGGCGGAGUAAGCUAG